UGGAACCAAUCUGUGCACCGAAUGCCAUGCCACGUGCACCUGGAAUAGGUAUAGUCCUUAAAUCUGCAGGAACCGCCAUCCCGAUGAUGCUGCUUCGCUGCACGGGCUCGGACUUUGUUUCUUUCAAAAGAUAAGGCAUCGCCGGAUCCUGGAGCUCGUCUUCUUGCUUCGUUGGUUGGUCGUAGCAGCGAGGCCAGAAGUCAUUCGGGGAUCUUGUUUCUUCUCACGUCAAGAUGUACACCUCGACACAGCAUUUGGCGGUCGCUUUCCUGGCCAUUGGCUCUGUGGCCGCUGCACCCGCGGCCAGAGAUCAUCAUGCCGAGCAGCCUCUCACUUCUUCCAUCCGAAACGUCCAGGUCGGGCCCAGACCAUUUUGGCUAAUUGACAACAUGGACGAAGGGCCCUUGAAGGAGAAGCUUCAGAGCUGCCAGGAAAACACACUUAAGACUACUCAGUUCGCCAUCUCUCACAGAGGUGCUCCGCUCAUGUUUCCGGAGCAUAGCAAGGAAGGCUACGAUGCUGCUGCUCGUAUGGGUGCUGGUAUCAUUGAGUGUGAUGUCUCGUUCACUUCUGACAGAGAGCUCGUUUGCCGGCAUUCCAACUGUGAUCUACACUACACUACCAACGUCCUCUCGAAGCCAGAGCUGGCAGCCAAAUGCACCAAGCCAUUCGUUCCAUACAACAACGUUACCGGCGAGAAUGCUAGCGCCAAGUGCUGUACCAGCGACUUUACAUUGGCUGAGUUUAAGAGUCUCUGCGCGGAAAUGGAAGCAACUACGUUACAUGCUAUGAACAUAACCUCUGCGGCUCCCUACUUUGGCAGGAUUGGCACCACGCCGGACUGGCGGACGAAUCUGUAUGCGUACGAGUGCGCAACACCGGUGUCUCUAAAGGAGCAGAUUGCCCAGGUCCAGGCGUAUGGUCUGAAUUUCACCGCAGAGCUCAAGACGCCCGAGGUCAAAAUGCCAUUUCAAGGCAACUACACCCAGCAAAUCUAUGCCCAGCAACUUAUCGACACCUUCAAGGAGCUCAACAUUUCCCCCGAUCGCGUCUGGUUGCAAUCAUUCCUCGCGGACGAUAUCUUUCAAUGGAUCGACACCGAGCCCGAGUUUGCUCGCCAGGCUGUGUACCUCGACGAGCGGGCCGACAAGACGCCUGAAGGAUAUCAGGAGGCUGUGGCAUCGUUGCCGGGCCUCGCCGCUCGAGGUGUCAAAAUUAUCGCUCCGUCCAUCUACCAGUUGAUUACGGCCGACAAUUGUACGGAUACGAUUGUGCCCUCCUCGUACGCCAUCGCCGCACAGAAGGCUGGUCUCGAGAUCAUCACCUGGUCAUUCGAACGCAGUGGUCCAUUUUCCAUUGAGGAUGGCGGAUACUACUACUCGAGUGUGAAGAAUCUAAUUGCUACUCGAGUGUUGAAAAAUGAGUUCACCGUGUUGGAUGUAAUCGCGCAGCAGGUCAAAGCCACGAAAGUUUUUUCGGAUUGGGUUGGCACGGCGUCAUACUAUGGCAAUUGCUUUGGAUUGUAG